AUGGAGAAGUUUGGAAUGUUGCUUCUGCCUUUAAUUUUGCUGAUUGGUACAGGAUGUGCUUCAGAAAUUCUUGUGACCAGCUGCGGUGAAUGCCACUCUGAUGCUGCCUGCCUGAAGCUGGAGCAGAGAGGAGACACCUACCCUACGACCACCACCUUCUCCUGCCUGUGUAAAGAUGGCUUUGUGGGCGAUGGCAUCAACUGUUAUGAUGUGAAAGAGUGUGGUGGUGGGGACUCCUCUUGCUGUAGCGAGGGUUAUAUGUGGUCCUCAAAACAAGGUUGCGUGGAUAUAGACGAGUGCUCUCUCACCCCAUCUCCCUGCGGUCCGUCUCAGCUCUGCCGAAACACACAAGGAUCAUUUGAAUGUCUUGAAAAUACCACUCCUGAGUCAAAAUCAAGCCAGUUUUGGUGCAAGUACGGUAUCUGUCCGCAUGGCAUGGACUGCUUCAUGGACAAUGGGCAGGCCCGCUGCGGUGAUCCCUGUGAGCACUAUACUGUUCUUGAUGAGGAAUGGCGUGCAACAGAUAACAAAAACACACAAGACAAAUGUGAUGGUAAUGAAAAAUGGCAGGGUUGGUACCGUUUCUUUUUGAAUGGCACAGAUGCUCAAAUACCAGAAAGAUGUGUGGAAGAAAACAUGUGUGGUACCCAAAGGCCUAUGUUUUUAAGCACUCCUCAUCCCACUCAUUCUAAUUUCAUUGAAAGGCGCGAUAUUUGCGUUCACCAUAGGUCCAAAUGCUGCAGCUACAAAUCCCCUAGCAUCCAUGUCAAGCGCUGCUACGGACGGUACUAUAUCUACAGACUUGUGAAACCAAAGGGAUGUUACAGUGCUUACUGUGCAGAAUUUGCACCUUCACAACCAACUACAACAUCUACUGCUCCAACAACCACCACCACAGUUGCCACCACUACUGUCCCAACAACCACCACCACAGUCGCCACCACUACUGCCCCAACAACCACCACCACAGUCGCCACCACUACUGCCCCAACAACCACCACAGUCACCACCACUACUGCCCCAACAACCACCACAGUCACCACCACUACUGCCCCAACAACCACCACAGUCGCCACCACUGCUGCCCCAACAACCACCACAGUCGCUACCACUACUGCCCCAACAACCACCACAGUCGCCACCACUACUGCCCCAUCUACCACCACCACAGUCGCCCCCACCACUACUGCUCCAUCCACUACUACAACCACCUCAUCAGUGAGCCGGACCACUCAAGAAUCCGACAGCACAGAUCAUGACUCAGAAAUCCAAGUCGACCACUUUAUUUGUGGACAAGAUAAAAUCCUACUUACUCUGAACAGGGCAAAUGUUUUGUCCUCUGGUCUGGACCCAUUGUCUGGUCACCUGGUGGACCGCAGCUGCACCCGAUCCAGAGUGGAGAGUAAGAUUGUGUGGUAUGAGGUUGAGACACGUGGAGAAGUCUGUGGAAACACAAGGAGGACCAACAGUACACAUGUCAUCUACACUAACAGCUUAUUCUUGUAUGCACACAACAAUAACUCCUUCCAUGUCCCAGCAAGUCUCCCCUUCUCGUGUGUGUAUCCUCUGGCCGUAGACACCAGUCUCAAUGCUCACCUCAGACCAUUAAGACCAACCGGUGGCAUCAUUGCAUCAGGUGGGCCCCCAAAGGCAUUAAUGUCUCUGUACCAGGACGCGAGCUACCAAAGUGCAUACCAGCCUGGCAACGUGAGUCUGCCAGUGGGUCAGCCGUUGUACAUUGGGGUCUCUGUGGAGGAGAACGACCCAAAGUUUGUGACUAUUCUGGAGGAAUGCUACAUAACAUACACCGCCAACCCAAAUGACCAACUGAGACAUCCUCUAAUACACAAAAAGUGUUCCGCCAACCGUCAGCAGGUGCAGGUAGUUGAGAGCGGGACGUCUCUCUGGGCUCGCUUCUCUGCCCUCUUCUUUGUGCCUGAGGGUCAAUACAGGACAGUCUAUGUCCACUGCCACCUCAAUAUGUGCAGCGACGGCCCCUGUGUCCCACUUUGCUCAGGAAGGGCACGGCGCUCGGUUUCUGAAGAUGUAGCAAUCAGGCCACUCACCAUUGGACCCAUCACAUGGGGAACUAAAUGA